AUGGCGAAAGGCGGCGGCAGGCUCUGGGGACUCAAGUCCGUGGUCAAGAGGUGGUGCACCGGCGGCGCCACCGCCCCGGAGGAGGACGACGGGGAACAGGCGCCGCCACCGGGGCUCCACCCGGUCUACGUCGGCAAGUCCCGGCGGUGCUACCUCGUCAGCUCCCACCUCCUCAACCACCCUCUCUUCCGCGUCCUCGUACAGCGGUCCGCCGCCGCCGUGUCGUUCCCGUCGCCGUCGCCGUCGCCGUCGCUGGCGCCAGCGGUGGUGGUGGUGGGCUGCGAGGUGGUGCUCUUCGAGCACCUGCUGUGGAUGCUGCAGAACGGCGAUCCCCCGCCGGACUCUCCCGAGGAGCUGGCGGACUUGUACGCCUGCUGA